CAAAAAAGGAAGGGUCCGAAAAUAUAAAGAUGCUUUCUUUCUACGGUCUUCAAAUUUCUCUUUCUUUCUCUCUCGUUCAAAUCUCUGACCUCCCUCUCAUCCUCUGUCUGUAUCCUUCUACAGAUUCCCUCUGUUUCUCAAUUCUGCAAACCUCUUUUCUCUAUGUCUGUUUCUUGUUCUUUUCUGGGCUUCUCCUGUCUUGUCUUUCUUCCAAAUUCAACAAUAAAAAACUGGGUUUAUUGUGAUUGUUAAUUUGUUAUUGACAUUGUUGUUGUUUGUUGUAAAGAGAUCUGUUGCCUGUUGGGGUUUCAGAAUUAUAUGAGAAAGCUUGUUAACGAGAGUUUGUUGUUGUUGUUAUUGUGUAUAUUCUGCUUUCUUAGCUCUCACGUUCUUCGAAAGGAUUCUUCCGCCCUUCUCAUUCGCCGCCGCUCUCGUUGGGGUAAAUGCGGCUAAUUUUCCCUCUUUCUUCUCGAUAACAGAAAUUUACAAUAUUUUCUCCUCUUUCUUUGAGGAUUUUACAAAAUAAUUGAAAAAUUGUAGUUCCUGGGUUCUUCACCACUUUGUGAUCUUUUAGUAAUCCUUGCAAUUAUAUCAAGAUGCAGCUAGAUCAGCGCAAGAAGGGUGUCAAAGACACAGAAUUCUUCACCGAAUAUGGUGAAGCAAAUAGAUACAAAAUUCUUGAAGUUAUAGGGAAGGGAAGCUACGGAGUUGUUUGUGCAGCAAUUGAUACACAUACAGGGGAGAAAGUCGCCAUUAAAAAAAUAAAUGAUAUUUUUGAGCACAUUUCUGAUGCCAUUCGGAUCUUGCGAGAAGUAAAACUAUUGAGGCUACUGAGACAUCCAGAUAUAGUUGAGAUCAAACGCAUUAUGUUGCCUCCGUCAAAGAGAGAUUUCAGAGAUAUUUAUGUAGUCUUUGAGCUUAUGGAGUCUGAUCUUCAUCAAGUCAUCAAAGCUAAUGAUGAUUUGACUCGUGAGCACCAUCAGUUUUUUCUUUAUCAAAUGUUGCGUGCUCUAAAAUAUAUGCAUACAGCUAAUGUGUACCAUCGGGAUCUCAAACCCAAGAACAUAUUGGCAAAUGCCAAUUGCAAACUAAAAAUUUGUGACUUUGGCUUGGCUAGAGUAGCAUUCAAUGAUGCUCCGACCACUGUAUUCUGGACGGACUAUGUGGCUACAAGAUGGUAUAGGGCCCCAGAACUUUGCGGAUCGUUUUGCUCUAAGUAUACACCAGCCAUUGAUAUUUGGAGUAUUGGGUGCAUCUUUGCGGAGGUGCUCACUGGCAAGCCAUUGUUUCCAGGUAAAAGUGUUGUUCAUCAGUUGGAUUUAAUCACAGAUCUUCUGGGUACACCCUCGUCUGAUGUUAUAUCUGGGGUCCGCAAUGACAAGGCACGCAAAUAUUUAACAGACAUGCGAAAAAAGCAACCUGUUCCAUUCUCUCAGAAAUUUGCAAAUUCGGAUCCUUUAGCAUUGAACUUGCUACAAAAAUUGCUAUCUUUUGAUCCCAAGGAUAGACCAACGGCAGAACAGGCACUAGCCGAUCCAUACUUCAAGGGUUUAUCUAGAGUAGAGAGAGAACCCGCAUGCCAAUUGAUUUCAAAAUUAGAGUUCGAGUUUGAGAGGAGAAGAGUGACCAAGGAUGAUGUUAGGGAGCUGAUAUAUCGUGAAAUCCUUGAAUACCAUCCACAAAUGCUCAAAGACUACUUGAACGGAAAUGAAGGGUCUAAUUAUAUUUAUCCUAGUGCUAUCGGUCAAUUUAAACAGCAGUUUGCUCAUUUGGAGGAAAAUUGUGGUCAAAGUGGACCGGUCAUCCCUCUAGACAGAAAACAUAUCUCCCUUCCAAGGCCUACGGUGCACUCUAGUAUCAUACCCCCCAAUCCCAAGUCACAGCCGAUGGCAUCAUCAUACAGGGAUCAUCAAAUGAAAGAGGAAAUGAGAGCAUCAGAAAGUUAUGGAAGCUUAUCAAGCUCUUCACGACAGCCACCAAGAGUUCCGUCAGCAGCAAAGCCAGGAAGAGUUGUAGGACCUGUUGUACCAUAUGAGGCUGGUACAAGUAUGAAAGAAGGAAAUGAUGCUAGGAUAAGUGUGCAAAAUGCAGUACGUAGGCCGCAGAAUGCCUCGCCACAGUAUUUCUAUAGACCAAACAUGACACCAUCUCAAUCCAAGCCUGUUACUGCUGAAAACUCUGUAUGGAACAAGCAGCAGCAGCUGCCUGUAAAUUCAACUCAUGAAAUUGCUAUUGACAUUAAUACAACCCCAUAUCAGGCAAAGCCGGAGCAGUAUAACAGCAGCAGAAUUGCACUUGAUGCUAAGCUAAUGCAAGCUCAAACCCAGUUUGGUGCGUCGGCUGUUGCUAUGGCAGCUCAUCGGAAUAUAGGCACCGUUCAUUAUGGAAUGUCGUAAAAUCUUUUGCCUUGUAUGUUAAAAGGGUAUCGUGCCCGAAGUUGUUUAUCCAAGAAGGUUGAGGUUUGAUGUCCUCCUUGUCUUGGAUGUUGGACAAUUAUGUAAUGUGUCAUCACUCAGUUUGAGUUGUAUCCUAAUAGUAGAUUGCUCGAUAGUUGUCUAAUAUUUUCUAGUUAAAGUAAUAGACAAUUGGAAUGAGUACAUAAAUAAGUUUAUUCAGAAUACUGUUGCAUUUUGUAGUAGUAGAUUGCUAUUACUUGAAUAAAAUAAAUUGGAUUGUAAGGCAUAACUAGAGGUGUUCAAAAAUAGAUUCGAUAUUCGCCUGACCUUAAAAUUGGAUCGACUUAACC